UUGUCUAAAGAAGUUGGUGUGCAAGUAAUGAAGGAUUCUUGUUCCAAGAAGAUUAUCAAUGAAACAAGAAACCCAAGAACCGAAAAUUGUUGCUUGAAGACUGAUGGCGGUGAGAUCAUGAAUGAAAAUAGAAAGAAGCCGAUGCAACAUUACAAGAAGAUGCAAUGUUGGGUGAUUUUGAAGAGGAUUUUGAUUGGAAGAGAUAGCUGGCCUCUAAAAGACCCUAUUGAUCUCAAGUUCUUGAAGGCUUUUCAUGACAAGGAUAAUUUAGAGAACAAGUCUAAAUUGAAGACUAUGGGUUUGAAGAAUAUUGAAUCUAAAUUGCAAUUCUAUUCAACACCCGAUGAAUUUGCUACUGACAUCAGAUUUGUAUUCUCUCAAAGAAUGUUAUUAUAUCCUCCUAGAAAUGAGGUUCAUAAAAUUGCGUUAAAGUUUAGUGAAUAUUUUGAAAACAAAUGGAAGUCUCUCAAAAAAGAUUGGGACCUUGAGGAAAGAAAAAUAAACAAGAGAAAAAGGGAUGAACAUGCUCAUGAGAUGAAAGACUUCUUCCAAACCAAAAGGUCAAGAUAAGAU